AUGAGUCGAAGUCCAGUAGCUGGGCAGAAUGUGAACAUCACGCUGCAAAAUGUUGGACCGGUGGCUUCGGGAAACCAGCAGAUCACACUUACCCCAUUGCCAAUUCCAAACCCAACAUCGCCGAGUUUUCAGUUCAGUCCUCAGCAGAGGCGGUUUGAGCACGGAUCUCCGUCGUAUAUUCAAGUUACAUCACCGCUGCCUCAGCAAGUUCAGUCUCAAAGCCCUACGCAGCCUAACCCCGUGCCAGUGCAAACGUUACCAAACGUUCGGGCAGGCACUCCAGGGCCUGGCUUGGGUAUGUGCAGCCAGAGCCCUACGAGAGGAUUUGUAGAUGCUAGCGUGCUCGUGAGACAAAUCAGCUUGAGUCCUUCAAAUGGUGGACACUUUGUGUAUCAAGAGGGACCAGGAAUUGCACAAAUUGCCCAAGGAGCUGCUGCGCAAGUACAGCUUCCGUCUUCUGGGACACCUGCUACAGUAAGGGAACGCAGGCUUUCUCAACCUCACUCGCAGUCUGGAGGCACCAUUCAUCAUCUUGGUCCUCAGAGUCCUGUAGCUAGCGGAGCAAAUAUGCAGUCUUUGACUAGCCCGGGCCACAUUACGACAACCAGCUUGCCACCCCAAAUCAGCAACAUCAUUCAAGGGCAGCUUAUGCAACAGCAGCAGCAAGUGCUUCAAGGACAGCAGCUGGGUAGACCCAUUGGAUAUGACAGGACUUCUGGUGGAUUGAUAGCAGGAGUCGGAGGACCUAGUGCAUUUGGAAUGACGUCACCACCUCCUCCCACAAGUCCUUCACGGGCUACUGUACCACAGGGGCUGUCGAGUCUUCCUCUUACUCCUACAGUUAAUACAGCGGUGAAGAAACAACCCAAAAAAUUGGAGGAGAUUCCUCCUGCCAACCAAGAGACUGCUCAAAUGAGAAAACAAUGUUUGGAUCAUCACCAUAAGCAGAUGGAAAUUCUUAAGGAAACUUUUAAGGAAUGUUUGAUUGAACUGUUUUUCCUGCAACAUCUUCAAGGGAAUAUGAUGGACUUUUUAGCUUUUAAGAAGAAACAUUGUGUUCCACUGCAAGCAUACCUGAGGCAAAAUGACUUGGACCUGGAGGAGGAAGAAGAGGAAGAACAGUCUGAGGUUAUCAACGAUGAGCAAACACAUACAGGGACUGCAGUAACGGGGACUGUGAACACCAUAGAAAUUGAAGCUUUUAAGAGACAGCAAGCACUUGCACCAGCAGGUGGAAUGCCUCCCACUCCUCAGACCGUGCAGCUCACUGGACAGAAACAGAGUCAACAACAGUAUGACCCAUCUAAAGGCCCUCCAGUGCAGAACGCAGCCAGCCUGCAUACCCCUCCGCCGCAGCUGCCAGGGAGACUGCAACCUGCCAACAUCCCCAUGACGUCUCUCCCAGCUGCGCUGCAGCUUUCACAGCAGCAGCCACAAAUUGUGGAAUCUCCAGCUCAGCCCCAGAUUCAGGUGAAGAUCCAGCCUCAAAGUGUACCUCUGACUUCAACUCCGCUUCCAGCACCUCUUCAACAACAGGUGCCACCAGCAAUCCAUGUGCAAGGACAGACACCAAACCAAGUGUCACAGCCACAAGCUACCACACAGCAGCAGACUGUGACACUGACACGACCAUCUGCAGAUCCUGCUCAGACUUCUCAGCGUCUUACGGCAAAUACACUACCGCCUACCUCAUCCGUGGCGCCAGCGAGUGUCUCAGGCACAACACCGCCUGCCACAUACCCCGCACAGACAAACAGGACCUCUCCAGCAACCAACAAGUCCCUGUCUCCUGUCGCAUCCAAACCCCCAGGCUUAGCAGUAGCAGCAGCACCUAAAACGCAAAGCCCAGCUCAGAAUGCAGCAGUAUUACCACCGGACAACUCUCAAGACAAGCUUGCUGAGCAAGUAAAGCUG